AUGUUCCUUCACUUUCUUUUUAUUCUAUUUGCAUUCAGUUUUGAUUCCUUUAAGGCCAAACCACCGAUCACGUCGUAUUACUGGAAUGUUCGAACAUUUCAAUGUGAUCACUAUGAUCACUCAAAUCUCACUCGUUGUGCCCUCCAUCUACCGAAAAGGGAAAGCGAAGUGAACCCGUUGUGUCACGAGGAAACGGAUCAAACUGGAAAUUUCGAAUCAAAUUUUGAAAAUGUGACUCGAGUCUACUGUCGAAUCGGAUGUGAGGAGGGUGACGAGGCCACUGUUUUGGCAAAGAUUCCAAGCUGGAAUCACAAAUGCAAUAUCUACUAUAGCUACAAUUUGGAGCGACGAUGGGAGGAUUGGUUUUUGUGGAGAUCCGAGCCUUGUCUCUCCACGUCAGUCUCAUUCACGAUUCGUUGUGGUUUCCCGAGAAAUCCGGCUAUUUUCUACAGAGAUAACUCUCAUCUUUUUGAGUAUGAAGAUGGAUCU